AUGCACGUAAGUUUUAAUGAAUAUCUUCACAAUGAAUAUCGUCGGUCGUUUAUUGAAAUUCACAACAGGUUCUGUGACAUGGUGAAAUAUGACAAAUUUAUUGGACCUGUGAUGCAAAAAGCGGGACUGUUCUGCCCACUACCGAUUGGAUUGGAGGUAAUACCAGAGCGAGCCAAGGUGGUGUAUGUAAAUGAAAAGUACUUCGAGAAUGUUACCGCCAACGUGAAAAGAUACAGCAGAACAAGUGCUUAUAGUUUCAAUAUUGAGAUGACAUUGAAGAAGUCAUGGAGCAAUAAUGUGACGAUUCACGUUAUUUUUAAUGAGUAUCUCCACAACGAGUACCGCCGUUCCUUCAUAGAGAUUCAUCACAAAUUCUGCGAUUUGGUCGAAUAUGACAAACUCAUCGGACCUAUGGUACAUCGCAUCGGAUUAUUCUGUCCAUUGCCGGUUGGCACACUGCGAGUGACAAACUAUACCUUCCCCAUGGACAAUUUUCCUAACGUGUUUCCAUUUGAAAAAUGUCGUAUUGACUCUGAAUUAAAAGUCACAGCUACAAAUGAAUCCAUGCUCUUAAUGUUUAAUUCAGAACUCGGUGGCAGUAUAUUACGACUCGUACCUACCGCUUCCUUCUUCUCAACUUUCACUACCAAAGCGGAUCAGGCUUUUACGUUCGUAUUCCAAUCAAUGGCUUCGUUCUCGUUGAAGAGUUUCGCUGAAAGAAGCCAAUAUGUCCCAGCGCUUAUCACUAAAGAAAUUACCCUUGACAGUAACAGACUACUGCAGCCUCGUGUAAAUAUCAAUGAAAAUACAAGUCCUUGA